UUUUCGCUAUUUACGCAUUCAAAAAAAUAGUUAUUUAUUAUUUAUUUGAGGGGGCAUUUCGUUUUCUUUAUGGGCGACGAGCCUAACAAGCCUGAGGCGGACUCCUCCAAGCCGGACUCCGCUCCCCUCCCAUCGCCGCCGACUCCGACGACUACGACGGCGACGACGACGACGACGAAUCCGACGACGGCGAUGGCGAUCUCUCUCCCCCGAGAUCCCGAGGGAAACCCUAACCCUAGCGGCCCCGAUCCGUCUCCUUCGUGGUUCACGCCGAAGAGACUACUUGUGAUAUUUUGCAUUAUCAACAUGCUAAACUAUGUUGAUCGAGGGGCUAUAGCAAGUAAUGGUGUCAACGGUAGUCGUAGAACAUGUACGGACAGUGGCAUUUGUACUUCAGGCUCUGGAAUUCAAGGGGACUUUAACUUGAAUUAUUUUGAAGAUGGUGUUCUGUCGUCUGCAUUCAUGGUUGGACUGUUAGUAGCUUCCCCCAUUUUUGCAUCUUUGGCAAAGAGCCAUAAUCCUUUCAGGCUUAUUGGAGUUGGAUUGUUAGUGUGGACUAUUGCUACUGCUGGUUGUGGAUGUUCUUUUGAUUUUUGGUCAAUCACAAUAUGCCGCAUGUUGGUUGGUGUUGGUGAGGCUUCAUUUAUAAGUCUUGCUGCUCCGUUUAUUGAUGAUAAUGCACCUGUAGCUCAGAAAACUGCUUGGCUCUCAAUCUUCUACAUGUGUAUACCAACUGGGAUUGCAGUUGGCUACGUUUAUGGUGGGCUGGUUGGUAGUCAUCUUCAUUGGCGUGCUGCAUUUUGGGGAGAGUCCAUUUUGAUGCUCCCAUUUGCUAUUCUGGGUUUUGUCAUUAAGCCUCUGCAGCUAAAGGGCUUUGCUUCAUCUGUUUCAAAGGAAGCAAAAGGCUAUGGGGAAAUGAUUGAUCAAAAGUUUCAAGAUGAUACAAAUGAACGAACAGCAGAACAGGCUAUACCAGUUGAUAAUGACUUAGCUGAUAAAACAUCGCAGAAAUUUAACUUGUCAACGGGUUCCAAGCAAUUUUUGAUCCAAAUUAAGCGGUUUUGGAAAGAUAUGAAAGCACUUCUGCAUGAGAAGGUGUAUGUCGUAAAUGUUUUAGGUUAUAUUGCGUACAACUUUGUCAUUGGAGCCUAUUCAUACUGGGGCCCAAAAGCUGGUUAUGAUAUCUAUCAUAUGAGCAAUGCAGAUUUGAUGUUUGGAGGAAUAACAAUAAUAUGCGGAAUUUUUGGAACCUUAGCUGGUGGUUUUGUUCUUGACAAAAUGGAUUCAACAAUCUCAAAUGCUUUCAAGCUUCUUUCUGGAGCAACUUUUCUGGGGGCUAUAUUUUGUUUUAGUGCUUUCUGUUUCAAGAGCCUAUAUGGUUUUAUAGCCUUCUUUUCUGUUGGAGAGCUGCUCGUCUUUGCCACACAGGGUCCUGUGAACUAUAUAUGCCUUCACUGCAUAAAACCUAGCUUGAGACCACUGUCAAUGGCUAUGUCCACUGUCUCUAUCCAUAUAUUCGGUGAUGUACCUUCUUCCCCUCUGGUUGGGGUUUUGCAGGAUCAAGUCAACAACUGGAGAGAAACUGCACUGAUUUUGACGUCUGUUCUUUUUGUUGCAGCUGUAAUAUGGUUUAUAGGUAUAUUUCUGCACAGUGUUGACCGUUUCAAUGAGGACGGUGAACAUGAUGUUCCUAAUGUUGAGAGGUCAAACCGUAGGCCAUUGCUUGAUGAGAACACCGAGUAAUGCGAGUAAUCUGAGUAUUUAUGCUGCAUGUAUGCAAAUUUUUUAACUGGAAGCUAAGCCGGGGUUAAAAUGGUUCUCUCUAUCCCUAAUUUAUAAAUCGACUGAUAUCUAACAAAUCAGGGUGGCAUUUGCCUUCUUUUCCAGAUGUGUAAAAUAGAAUUUAUGCUACAAAAGUUGGGUCCAUCAUCUCAUCGCAUAUAGCUGUGAAUUUCUGCUUGCUUUGCCAUUUAUGUACAUAGUAGAACUCUUGUUUUCUGGUUUUAAAUUUGUAUCAUUCGUGUAUACACCGAAAUCCAACUAAGAUCCACAUAGGGGAUCAAAAUCGUGAAUUUGAUGUGUUAUUUAAUUGUAAUGGUAAUCGAUCUGUUCGGUUGGAGUGAUUUUUUUAA